AUGGAAUACAGAAACAAUGUGACUGAGUUUAUUCUCCUGGGACUCACACAGAACCCACACCUGAAGAAAAUUGUAUUUCCUGUGUUUUUGGCCAUUUAUAUAGUCUCUGUAGUUGGAAAUAUGCUCAUUCUGAUCACCAUUACAAACAGCCAACUCUUUGGUUCCCCUAUGUAUUAUUUUCUGGCCUAUCUCUCCUUCAUAGAUGCCUGCUACUCCUCUGUUAGUACUCCUAAGCUGAUUGUUGAUUCACUCCAUGAAAGGAAGUCCAUUCAAUUCAAUGGAUGCAUGAUCCAAGUCUUUGGGGAACAUUUCUUUGGAGGUACUGAGAUCAUCUUACUUAGUGUCAUGGCCUAUGACCGCUAUGUUGCCAUCUGUAAACCCCUGCACUAUGCAGCCAUCAUGAACAGACGACUCUGUAACUUACUUCUGGGAGUGUCAUGGGCUGGAGGCUUUCUUCAUGGAGGUAUACAAAUUCUUUUCAUUAUUAGACUACCUUUCUGUGGCCCUAAUGUCAUAGAUCACUUUAUGUGUGAUCUCAACCCUUUGCUAGAUCUAGCCUGUGUUGAUACCCACAUUCUAGGGCUCUUUGUUGCUGCCAACAGUGGUUUCAUCUGUCUUUUAAUAUUCCUCAUUCUACUCAUCUCCUACAUAGUCAUCCUGUGCUCCCUAAAGGCCCACAGUGCAGAAGGAAGGCGUAAAGCCCUCUCCACCUGUGUUUCUCACAUGAUAGUGGUGGUCUUAUUUUUUGUACCCUGCAUAUUUGAGUACAUGAGACCUGCAGGUUCAUUACCCAUUGAUAAAACCAUUGGUAUAUUUUAUAUUGUUUUAACUCCCAUGCUAAAUCCAUUAAUCUACACCUUGAGAAAUAGUCAGAUGAAAAAUGCCAUUAAGAGACUCUUUAGUAGAAAGAUUCAGUCAGAUCACAAAUAA